AUGUCCGGUUUCGACGAUGCAAUGACCGCAUCCGACAUUGUGGACCUCUACGGCGGCCGUGGGAACACUGUAGAACACGCGCAAUCACAGGUACAGGAGAUAAUUCACUCUAAUACCACAACAGCGGAUGACGGCCGCGUUGAGAUCAAUCUCGAUUCGAAACUCUGUCGAAGGCUUUCUCUCCUUGUCCCCCUUCAUAACCGCGAAGAGGAGAGCGCAGAAGCGCCCCCACCCAAAUACAGCCAGGCAGCGGAAUGGUCUGUUCGUCUCAACAUCGUCAUUCAAGUUGUUGGCAGCCGGGGCGAUGUCCAGCCUUUUAUAGCACUCGGGAAUGAGCUUCAAAAAUACGGUCAUCGCGUUCGCAUCGCAACUCAUGGAGCGUUUCAAGAUUUCGUGCAGAAAGCUGGCCUUGAGUUCUUCUCUAUUGGUGGCGAUCCGGCGGAGCUGAUGGCGUACAUGGUCAAGAACCCAGGGUUAAUGCCAAGUAUGCAGAGCUUGCGUGCUGGUGACGUGCAAAGCAAAAGAAAGAUGGUGGCCGAGAUACUCCACGGUUGUUGGAUGUCUUGCAUUGAACCUGAUUUAACAACAGGGAAGCCAUUCGUGGCGGAGGCCAUCAUCGCGAACCCGCCAAGCUUCGCUCACGUUCACUGUGCUCAAGCACUAGGAAUUCCGCUGCAUAUGAUGUUUACCAUGCCCUGGACGAGGACACGAGCGUUUUGCCAUCCACUAGCAAACCUCAGUGACAAAAGCUCGGGCAUACCACCGGGAGCAGCAAACUACGUGUCUUAUAUGGCUGUGGAAUGGUUGACCUGGCAAGGACUCGGAGAUGUGGUAAAUGCCUGGAGAAACACCCUCGACUUAGAGCCAGUGCCAUUCUCCGAGGGUCCAGGAUUGAUAGAAACGCUCAACAUACCGUUUACUUACUGCUGGUCUCCUGUGCUGAUACCCAAGCCUUCAGACUGGGCACCUCACAUAGACGUGUGUGGUUUCUUCUUUCGCGAUACUCCCGACUACUGUCCCGAUCCCGAGCUCAGAGAGUUCAUGCAGCGAGGGCCGCCUCCCAUUUACAUCGGGUUCGGAAGCAUUGUCGUCGAUGACCCGGACAAGCUCACCGAGACAAUUGUCGCAGCAGUCAAGAAAACAGGUGUUCGUGCCAUUAUAUCGAAAGGCUGGAGCAAAUUAGGCCAAAACCAGCCGGCUGAUGACGACAUCUUCUACCUCGGCGACUGCCCUCAUGAGUGGCUCUUCCAACACGUCGCAGCCGUGGUUCACCAUGGGGGAGCUGGUACUACAGCAUGCGGGCUUGCGAAUGGGCGACCGACUGUUAUUGUGCCUUUCUUUGGCGACCAGCCUUUUUGGGGCGCAAUGGUUUCUUCCGCCGGCGCAGGCCCGCCAUCAAUUCCGCAAAAGCAACUUGACAGCCAAAACCUCGCUGAAGCCAUCAGAUUCUGCUUCUCGCCCGAAGCUUCGUCUGCUGCGAACACGAUUGCAGAGACGAUGAGAUCGGAGCCUGGCGUCAGUCGUGCCGUGGCCUCGUUCCAUGCCAACUUGCCCCUUGACACGAUGCGAUGCAGUCUGCUACCGAAUCUUCCGGCAUCUUGGGUGUAUAACAAGCGUGGGAGAUGCUUAAAGCUGUCGAAGGCUGCCGCGGAGCUGUUGCUAUGCAAUUCAGCGGUUGAAAAGGCAGAUUUACGACAGCAAAGCCGCGAGAUCAACAUUACGCUCCGGCGAUGGGACCCUGUCACAGCGACGGCAUCUACUCUGGCCACGACGACCACGAACUUGAUAACCUCGGCCGCCGACAUUAUAAGCAAGCCGGCGGAAGUCAUUUACCGAGCAUCAGCGCAUAAAGAAACCACACGCUCAAAACCCGACGGCGAUGCUGCGUCCGAUCCUUCUGAAGACACUUUAUACGGGCGGUCCGCUGCCCUAGAAGUCCCUGAACGUCAUGUUGGUGCAGCAGUGGCUGGCUCGGCAUCCGGGGUUGGCAAUUUCUUCAAGUAUUAUUACAAAGGGGCGCUGCUAGAUGUGCCACUCGCAGUGACCGAGGGGAUGCGCAAUGCGCCGCGGCUUUACGGGGGAGAAGUGUACGAGCCUGGAGUCGUGACGGACUGGAAAUCCGGGGGUAUUGUCGCAGGGAAGAACUUUGGCCAUGGCAUUGUUGAAGGGGUUGGAGGAAUAGUAAUGGAGCCUAUCAAGGGCGCGAGGAAGGACGGGGCAUUAGGAGCAGCCAAGGGAGCGGGCAUCGGGCUAUUGAACAUGGGAACUAAGCUCACCUCUGGUGUUGUAGGGCUCGUAGCAUUCUCUGGUCAGGGUCUGUAUCAGAGCGUGAGGGAGACUGUGCGGCGGGAUACACGAAAGUCAAUAAGAAAGGCCAUGCGAGAAGAAGGGCGGUUUGCACACUUCUCAAUCAACAAUUGA